AUGGAAACUGUCAAGAGUAGUGGUGAUGAGCCUACAAAACCAAAGACACCUGUAAUUGAGACCACCCGCAGAGAUUCUGACUUACUAAAUUCCAUGACACCAGAGUCCAACAGUUCCACAAAAGCUACCUUAGAAGAUGACUCGCAGGCUAAUGAAACAGAGAGAAAUAUUGCACCAUUGAUCACUGAAUUCUUGCCUGCAACAGAAGUGAAAAUGAAGCAUGAAACUCAAGUUGUGGACAAAGAUGGUCAAAUGCAGGAGGUUGAAACAACCAAAACUGUCCCAGAAGAAGCUAUGCCACAAGCAAAGGAAGUUUCCACAGCUGAUGUUUGUAUAUCAGAGGAGAUUGAAGUUGCCGAUGAAGCAAUCCAAAAUGAAAACAAGUACACAGUUGAGUAUAGGGAAAAUGAAACACAAGGAAACAAGAGAGAUCAAGAAGUAGUAGUUGGAGAUGCUUCUCCUGUACAAAACGUAGAAGACAGCAUAGUUAUGGAGGACACAGCUACAGUGUCCUAUCUUCCAUCGGAGUCAUCCUUUCCUGCAAACACUGCAGAGAACAUCUUAGCAAAGAAUGAAGUCUUAAGUCCAUUGAUACUGAACAAGGCAGAAGUAAAUGAGACGGAGGAAGAAAUAAUGGAAAAUGAGUGUAAAGAGCAAGAACAUGAAACUAAAGAAGAGCAUGGAGGAGAAGAAACAGAAGAAUGGAAAGACUGGACUAAAGACGCAGGAAAAGCAAUCACUACUGAGUCAGACGUUCCUGAAGAUCUUCCAAUUCCAAGAGAAACUGGUGUGUUUCUGAGCUCAACAAAACCAGAAAUAUGCUUGAGUCCACUGGAGACCACAACCAUAAUGAAUAUGACUAAUCAAGUGUUUUGUCCUAUUGAACCAGAAGGCAAUGAAACCCCCAAAGUUCCAAGCUUAGAUUUGUGUCUAAGCCCAAAUGACUCAGAUACUUGUUUGAGUCCAGUUGAGGGUCAUGAUUUUCAGACUCUGAAUGAUGAAGAUGAGGAAGCAUGCCUUAAUCUAACUGAGGCAAAAACAACCGUGAAACCAGUUGAGAAAUUUAUUCUUGUGACAAAAGAGCUGUCAUUACUCAACAGAGAUCGAGAAGUGCCAGAAGAGGACAGAGUCAUCACUGAAGUCAAAGAUAAAAACCAAUUCUGUAUUAAUGUCAUCAGAAGUAAUAAUGGAGAUAAUCUGAAUAGUUUAAAUAUUGACUGGAGACCAAUCUCCUGUGGACGUGGUGUGCAAAGCAGUAACCAUGUUCAGGGAGGCCUCUCUGGAGGCAUUGUAGCUCCACAAGAAGAGAUACCAAGUAAGAAGGAACAUAGUGGAUUUUCAGGUCUAUAUAGGGAAAGUGUAAGAAAAGGGGUGAAUGUAAGAAGUUUCAAAGAUCAGUAUGAAGACCGUGGUCACCCUGUGCAUGGCAAAGGGAUCCUGAGUGCAGGUGCAAGUCCCAAGAGCAACUACAAGAAUCUUAGUAUUAGAGGCACUACUGGAACUGCGGGCAACGAGCUGGGAGUGCAAAGAAACAAUGACUUAGCAAAAAUGGCAGGCAAUACUAAAUCAGGCAGUUUUGGAAGUACCCCUGCUGCUGGCACAUCAAGCUUUGGAAGCGUAGUUAUUGAUGCCGAAAAUAAAUUACCAGGUGUUGACUCAGAGAGCGGCAUCGCUGACAGCAAACCUGUAAUGGCUGCAAAUAUGACAGGCAUCUUUAGUGGUAUGGUUGCUAAUUCAGCAGGUACUGUUGGCAGUAAUGUGAAAGCUGGUGCUACAACACGGCUGACAGGAAGAGUCAGGCAUGGAGGUCGAGAAUGGAUUAUUUACAGUGGCAGUCCUGGACGUGUGAGCAGCCUGGCCGCUGGUACAGGCAAUGACGACACAUCAAACCCAUCAGUGGCUGCUCACGCAGCAGAAAAUCCAUCACCAGCACCAAUAAGAAGGUCCAACAGUGUUGGGAAUGGCGAACUGGUCACUUUUAGUGAUAGAAAUAGUGGCUUUAGCUUACCCAGACCAGGGAGCAAAAAACAAGAAGCUACCGCAACAACAGGGUUACAGGGCAGAAUCAAGUAUGGAAGUGGAGAGUGGAAUGUUUAUGGUGGCAACCCUGCACGUAGAAGCAGCCUGCCAGAGGGGUUAAGCUCACCCAGCACAGGGUGCAAAGAACAAAUUAAACCAUUAGUGGAUACUCCUCCAGCAAAAUGCCCACCAGCAGCUGGAAGGUUUAGCAGUGGAGACUGGGCCGUUUAUGGCAGUAGUCUGGGACAUUCAAGCAGUCCAGCUCGGGGUUUCAGUACAUCCAGUACAGGAAGUGAAGAAAAUGCAAAUACACAAGUGUAUACUCAACAAGGAAAAAGUACACCAACAACAGGAAGGUUCAGCAUUGGAGACUGGGCCAUUUAUGGUGGUAGUCCUGGACAUUCAAGCAGUCUAGCUGACAGUUUCAGUCCAUCCGGUGCAGGAAGUGAAGAAAAUGCGAAUACACAAAUGUAUAGUCAACAAGGCAGAAGUACACCACCAACAGGAAGGGACAGUCAGUGUUACUGUGACACGCCUCUUAAACAAACAGCUGAAUGCCUGAAGGGGAAACGUACUGGGCGUGGAGCACACAGCCAGACACCAGCUAUUGAUGGGAAUACAUACCGCACACAAUGCCACGCCCUUCUGAGCCAACAACCAGCACGCUACACACAGCUGCUCACAUCCCUGCCGGAGUCAAACCUGCACCAUCAUCCUACACGCCCGUGCUUCACCUGUCCGAGGACACGCCGUGUUUCACCUGGCCGAGGACACGCCGUGUUUCACCUGGCCGAGGACACGCCCGUGUUUCACCUGGCCGAGCACACGCCCGUGUUUCACCUGGCCGAGGACACGCUUGUGUUUCAGCUGGCCCAGCACACGCCCGCGUUUCACCUGGCCGAGGACACGCCCGUGUUUCACCUGGCCGAGGACACGCCUGUGUUUCACCUGGCCGAGGACACGCCUGUGUUUCACCUGGCCGAGCACACGCCCGUGUUUCACAUGGCCGAGCACACGCCCGUGUUUCACCUGGCUGAGGACACGCCCAUGUUUCACCUGGCUGAGCACAUGCCCGUGUUUCACCUGGACAAGGACACACCCGUGUUUCACCUGGCUGAGGACACACCCGUGUUUCACCUGGCUGAGGACACGCCUGUGUUUCACCUGGCUGAGGACACGCCCGUGUUUCACCUGGCUGAGCACAUGCCCAUGUUUCACCUGGCCGAGGACACGCCCGUGUUUCACCUGGCCCAGCACACACCUGUGUUUCACCUGGCCCAGCACACACCCGUGUUUCACUUGGCCGAGCACACGCCCAUGUUUCACCUGGCUGAGCCCAUGCCCGUGUUUCACCUGGCCGAGGACAUGCUUGUGUUUCACCUGGCCGAGGACACGCCCGUGUUUCACCUGGGCGAGGACACGCUUGUGUUUCAGCUGGCCGAGGACACGCCCGCGUUUCACUUGGCCCAGCACACGCCCGUGUUUCACCUGGCCGAGGACAUGGCCGUAGCCGAGGACACGCCCGUGUUUCACCUGGCCAAGGACACGCCCGUAGUUCAGCUGGCUGAGGACACGCCCGUGUUUCACCUGGCCCAGCACACGCCUGUGGUUCACCUGGCCGAGCACACUGGUGCAUGGCACCAGUGA